AGUCCCAGGUACCGUGGGAGGGAAUGCUCCUCCCCCCAGCGUGCCCUGCGGUACGGGGGCUGGUGGGGGGCGGGGGGGGCGAACCCGGAAGUUCUGGGCCGAGUUCCUGGUUGCCCGAGUGGAUGGAAACCGGCGACAUGGCGGCGUCCGGCCCAGCGCUGUGCCUCUUCGACGUGGACGGGACACUGACGGCCCCGCGACAGAAAAUUACCAAAGAAAUGGAUGGCUUUCUACAAGACUUGAGGCAGAAGAUCAAAAUUGGUGUGGUAGGCGGGUCAGACUUUGAGAAAGUACAGGAGCAGCUGGGAAAGGAUGUGGUUGAAAAAUAUGAUUAUGUGUUUCCCGAAAACGGCCUGGUUGCAUACAAAGAUGGGAAACUCUUGUGUAAACAGAGUAUUCAAGGUCACCUGGGCGAGGCCCUAAUCCAAGAUCUAAUCAACUACUGUCUGAGCUACAUCGCAAGAAUUAAACUCCCGAAGAAAAGGGGUACUUUCAUUGAGUUCCGAAAUGGGAUGUUGAACGUGUCCCCAAUUGGGAGAAGCUGCAGUCAAGAAGAACGCAUUGAGUUUUACGAAUUCGAUAAAAAAGAAAACAUCAGACAGAAGUUCGUAGCAGACCUGCAGAAAGAGUUUGCAGGCAAAGGCGUCACGUUCUCCAUAGGAGGCCAGAUCAGCAUCGACGUCUUUCCUGAUGGCUGGGACAAGCGGUACUGCCUGAGACACGUGGAAAAUGACGGCUAUAAGACCAUCUAUUUCUUCGGGGACAAAACCAUGCCCGUAACCGACCCGGCCUGCCUGCUGGUAAAAGGGCGAGUUCUUCAGUUUCAUGCCACCCGCGCCCAGGAGAAGCGAGGCGCCCACAUCUCCCCCGUGUCUUCACAGGGCGGGAAUGACCACGAGAUCUUCACCGACCCGAGGACCGUGGGCCAUACGGUGACGACCCCCGAGGACACCCGCAGAAUCUGUGAAGAGCUGUUCCCCUAACGGCCCCUUCCCUGAGGGAGGGCAGGGCAUCCCGCUGACAGGCUGGAAGGGUCACCGUGGCCACACUCGGGAUCCCUCCCUCCCUCACAUGCCCGCGAACCCCAGCCCGUGCCAGGUUCCCCACACGUCCUGGGGCCUUGACGACGUGGCCUCCACCCCCAGUACCAGAAGCAGCCAGACUUGUCAAGAAUGGGCGGAAGGAAUGCCUCCAACCCAAUUUUAUUCCCCACCCCCGAGUCUCAGACCCUCCACAUGUGCAAUCACGGUACACACGGUUUUGGGGGAACCUUCCCCAUCAUUCUAGAAUGAUACAGAAUGAAUGUGCCCAGACCCUCCCUCCUCGUGGGUCUUGUGAACAAUGUAACUGGCAAUGUUCGGACCCCCUGUGUCAGUACGCAUGGGGGCAUCUGGUGAUGAGAAAGGACAAGAUGUUUACAGCCAUCCCUCCCCGGAACAGAAGUCUGGUAACACCUCCUGAGGGGAAACUCUUGCCCGCUGUCAGCCCAGGAGGACUCUGAAAGCAAAGGCCCUGUGGCCACCAGGCAGGACUGAGUUCAGCAGCACAUGGGAUGCAGACCGCAGCAUGGCCCACAGACAGGUAGCCACCACGUGACCACUGACCCCCAACAAGGUUGCCUCUCGGCUGGCCUGCAGUUCUGGGGGCGAGCUCUGAAUUCACUACACCUAGGACAGACUGCUGGGGCUCCGCCCCUCGGGAUGGGAGCAAGUGGGCCGCAGCAGCCCUGCCCCCAGAUGCUAGAGCCUCCCUCCCCUCUGCUUUCUCAGGGAUCACUUGAGAGGCUGGAUCGUUAACAGAAAAGGAGCUGCACGGCUGCACGCAGAUCUUCAUGUGGACCUGCCUGCCUGCCCCGGCCUCACCCAGACCUGGACCUAAGGGGUGGGAGCCGUCCGACGGUUGGGCCUGUGACCCUCACUCCGUGCUUUGAGUUCAGCGAGGUCCUCGUGCUGCUGGAAGGCAGCCCAUGGAAGAGCGCUUUCCAAGAAAACGGUUCCCAGGUCACUUUUCAGUAUCUGGACUUGUCAGGACCCGCAGACCCACAGUCCGCUCCAGUCCACAGCAUGGCCUCUGCUCAGGCCUGGCCGAUCUGAACAGGGGUCUGUACCCCCGCUGCCCCACCCUCACCCCACCAGGUGCUUUCAUCUCCACAAGCCUCCCAGGCCCCACCAGGCUUGUCCUGGCUGGGGGUCCAGUUGGGGGCCGUCUGCGCGCCCACACGCAGGGCCGACGUUGCUCAGUGGUUCCCAGGACUCAGCCACGCAGGCAUACCUUUCCUUGCUGGGUUUUGUAAACGAUACUGUAGCGACCUUUGACAAUGCAAAGCGGCAAAUUAAAGUUGAUUUUAUUGUUUCCUGUUUCUCA